AUGCCUCACAAUGAUGCUGACUUCUUUGGUUCGAAAAGUAGCGAUAUCUCACAAAAUACCAAAUACUUAUCCAAAAUGCUUAUAGCUCCGCCAUCUUCACCUCAAACACCCGAGAAAAAGUGCAGAUCUCCCAAACGCAGCUUUGAGAAGUCUCCAUCACCUUCCCAGAUUUCCAAACUAAAGGCGGAAUCUUUAAGAUGCCUAGGCAUUUCAUUUGACUUGGCAGAAGAGGAAAAGGAAGCCCGAAACAUUCCAUCUCCACCAAAAAGACAACGAAUGAUAUGGCAUGUGGUCGAAAGAGAGACAGAUAACAAGCUUGAAAUAACCGGGGACAAACCCAAAGCUCGCGAGAGUCUUCUAUCAAGAAGAGCACGACAAACUUUGGAGGGAAACCGCAGACCAAAGCUAGCGAUUAGGAAAAAAGAGGAACUAGAUGUCAUUGCUACCACUCCGUUAAGAAGCAUUGCAGGCGAAACUUGUUGUGAAAAUGAUUCCGCUGCGGAGAACAGAGGCAUGAAUCAGGUCACUGGCAAGGUGGAAGUGAAAUUGCUGUCUAGUUUGACUGAAGAAAGCAGGGAGGGAAAAGAAACAAAAGAUGACCUUCCGGUCCUCGUCAAACUUUGCAGGGGCUUGGAAGAGCCUCAAGUAUCUCCAAAGAUUGAACAAAUGAGAUCAAGCAGUGGAUUUGAUAAUCAUUCGACUACUCUUGAAAUAGACUUGUUUGGUGGAAAUGAAAACAUGGUCAAAGGCAUCGAAUUUGUUUCCCGAGGCCCAGAAAACAAUAGGCCCAUUGCACAAGAAAAGGAAGAUUCGGAAACUUAUUUGAAGUUUCUCGAGCUAUUUUACAGCCAGAAAGAAACAGGAACUAAGAAGGAGAUCGAAGAAUUAGCCCUCAUCAUUGAGAGCGUAAAGCGUAUGUUUAUGAGCGGAAAACUGGAUAGACAAUUGCGGAAGAUUGAUGACAGAAAGACGCGGGAUGAAAUGUAUCUUAAGGCCUUGGAGUCUUUGGGCGAAAAGACAGGAACAGAGCCUAACAAAAGAACCGAAGACAUGAGGCUCAUGAUUGAGAUCUUUAAAUCUAUUCGAAGCGGACAGUUGGCGAAGGACUUACAAACACUGCGAGAAAUUUUCGAAGCGUGUCGGAAAGGCUUGGACCGGUUAAUUAGAGAGGCAGAAGAGGCUUAUGCGAGGAAGAAUCAGGAAGAACAACCUAGUUCGCCCACUUCAUCCAGGGUUUCUGCUUCUUCUAAAAAUGACUGCCAAGAUGGUGUACCUUUAGCAAAGGAAUAUGAAGCUAUCACAACAAAUGACAUACAAGACAAGAAUGUCGGAGGGGUUGAAUCAAUAGGAAAUUCUUCGGAGAAGAUCUUGAGAGAGCCAGUUUGGGGGGCCAUGAAGUCUCGAUGGGGAGAAGAUUUCCCAUUGCCUGCAGAUUUCGACGAUGAAGCUGCUAUGCUGCAACAAGCUUUUAUUCAAUCAAACUAUGACGAGUUUAUAAGAUUAAAGGGCUAUCGAGAUACCUCUUGCUCAACGGCUUCUGCAAACGACAUCAUCAGCAAGAAACAUAAUAUCAUCACCAUAGAAAGCUCUGAGAAGGUGAACGAAGAAAACAAUGAAGACAUUAGCCCCGAAUACCAACAGGACGCUGAUGAUGAGAAUUCUGAUACAUCUGAGUCUGAAUCUGCCCACUAUAGUGCCUAUAUUAGCGAUGAAGAAACCGAAAUCGGCACAAAAGAAACAAGCGAAAUAGGAAAUUUGACUGAAAUGAAGGAUAUUUCAGUUGCAUCGAUCGAGUGCGUAAUAAAGGACCUUCUCAUUGCUACUGCAGAGCAAUUGAAACAAGAUUUUACAAGUAUGUUUCAGAAGAAGUGUUGUGAAUCAACUGGGAAAGGAUCCGAUAAUUCCAUGGACGAAAUGUUUAUCGCGACUACUGUAGCCGUGGUCAGAAGAUCAUUCCAAUUUUUGAAGUUGGACGCAUUUGGUGAGGCAUUGAAAAAAGCAACGGAAGAAGUAUUGGCAGAGGAAAAAGUAAAAGAGCGUCGCUGUGCCACUUCAUCUGAAUCCACAGCCUCUAUCGAACAAAAAAUCUUCAAGAAGUGGGCUAUCGCCUAUCCAGAGGCCAUUCCAAUACGCUCCUUUGAAUUCAUGCGAGCCAUCGAUAUCCUUAUCUCCCUCACAAGGUCUACUCCCUACAACCAUGCUAUCCUUGAAGACACCCCUGAAUGUAUGUACGAUGCGUUAGUAGUUUAUAUACAAUACUACUUGGACACGUGCACCAACAGAAAGUGCAUAGAAAUUGUUGAGGGACAUUCUCUUGAUCAACAGAUUCAAUGGAUCAGAGAAAUGCACUCUUUUGUUUAUUGGUGGAAGGAGGUGUCUGAGGAAUUUAAAGGAAUAUGGGGAAAAGGAGUACUGAAUGAGGAGGUUCUAAAGAACUUUGAUGUAUAUGGAGGUAAUUGGAAUGAGGAUGAGGCUGGAAGAGAUUAA